GUGACGUAUAGCCUGGGCUACAUGCUCCGUACUGUGUAGAAGAUUUUGCCAUAUAAAUGUGGAUUUAAAUUACAAAAGUAAAUUAAGAAUAUCGUCGCACAUUCCGUUUUUAAAGACACGAUGUACAUUUGCAUAGGUCUACAAACUGUCCAACAUCUACCGCACACCUGUCAGUCGACAGGCUGCCAUGGCAACAAAGGAGAGUGACCCGAGUGGAUCCGGAGGAAUCUCCAGGCAGAAUUCGGGAGUGGGGGGACAAUGGGAAUCGGACUUAACUGCAGUGCAGCACAGUUUGAAGUUUGUGAAGAACCUGGAAGAACACUAUGUUUGUCCCACCUGUAAAGGAGUUGUUCUCAACCCACACCAAACCAGUUGCGGACACAUCUCCUGCUACCGCUGCAUUCAAGGGCUCCUGGAAAACUCCCCAGCCACCACCGCGGCCUGUCCUUUGGACAGAGGUUUGAUCAAAUCUGAUGAGGUUUUCCAAGACAAUUGCUGCAAAAGGGAGAUAUCAAACUUAGAAGUCUACUGCACAAACUCCCCCAACUGCUCCCACAGAAUGACAUUAUGUCGGUUGCAGGAGCAUCUACAGGCAUGUCAGUUUGAGUCAUUGCAGUGUUCCAAUACAGGCUGCAGUGAGUUCUUGCAACGCAAGGAUUUGCAGGAGCACCUCAGAAUCAGCUGCUCCUAUCGUAUGGAGCGCUGUCACUACUGCACGCAUUCUUACACAUGCUGCCAACUCGAGGAACAUGAGAGGUAUACAUGCCCAGAGGUUGAAAUCAAGUGCCCCAACAAAUGCUCCCAGAUGAUUAAAAGAUGCAUGCUUGAAGACCAUGCUGACCAGUGUCCUGAGGUGCAGACGGACUGUGUUUAUAAGAAAUAUGGCUGCUCUGUCCGGGAGAGGAGAGCCCAAGUUAAAGUUCACGAGGAAACCGCUCUCAAUCACCACAUCCUCCUGGUUCUGGGGAGCAACACCAAGCUGGAGACACAGAUGGAAAUCCUCCAGCAGGAGGUGCUGCUGAGGCAUAAGGAGCUCCAAGAGAGGAGCCGCCAAGUCAGCGGUCUGGAGGAGGUGGUCCGCCCGCUGGCCCAGCAGGUCAGCCGAUGUGACAACACCCUGUCUGCAGUACAGGGCUCUCUGGAGGACCAGAGGGACCACAUCUCCAGCGUCCAGCUCCAGCUCGAGGAGCUGUCCAGUGUGUUUGGCCCUGGUGUGGCCCGGGAGGAACUGGGCCAAAUCAGAGCGUCCCUGGAUGCCCUCAGACAGCAGGUGUCUGUCACGGAGGGGCUCAAAGACCACCUGGGGGAGUUGAAGGAGACUUACAUGCGCCACUCGCGCCUCCUCAACAUCCACACGGCGCAGCUGGAGUGCAACGAGGAGCACUUCAGAGAGCUCGAGUCCACCUCGUACGACGGCAAGCUCAUCUGGAAGCUCCGCGACUACCGCAAGAAGAAGGAGGCCGGGGCACGAGGCCAGGGACCGUGCCUAAGCAGCGCGCCCUUCCACACGGGCCGCAGCGGCUACAAAAUGGCCGCCAGGGCCUACCUGAAUGGCGACGGGGCAGGCCGGGACACCCACCUGUCUCUCUACGUGGUCCUCAUGAGGGGCGACUUCGACCCCCUCCUGCCCUGGCCCUUCAGACAGCCUGUGUCAUUGUCAGUGCUGGAUCAGAGCGGCACCAACAACCACCUAACUAUGAGUUUCAAACCCGACCCGGAAAACACUAGCUUCCACCGGCCCGGCUCGGCCGCUGCAAACGCCAGCGCCCCCACCAACGUGGCCUCUGGUUUCCAGUGCUUUGCCUCGCAUGCCCAGCUGGAGACGCCCAAGAACGCAAUCUACGUGAGAGACGAUACGCUCUUUGUUAAGGUCAAAGUGGACACGAGCGGUUUUGAGGACUUGUAGAGGGGCCUUAAAGAACUGGUUUGAGAUAAUUUCAAAAACAGUUAGCUAAUGUUACAAAGCUCAGUGCAGGCCAAUGCCUCAGCUGUACUCCAAAUUGAGCAAAGUAAGCUUGCAGAAAUAGUGUCAGCAAGUCCAUGCAGUUUUCUCCCAGAUACUGAAAUCAUAAAGCAAUACAGAAAUUGCAGUGAAGUAUUUACAUUUAGUAUUUCUUUAGCCUUGUCUGCAGACUGCUUUGUAUGUGCUCACUGAGGAUUCAAGUGUUAAUGCUGCCCAAAGAUAUUAAAUUGAAUAAUAUUUUGGGGAUUAAAGUCCUACAAUCAGAGAGCACGCAAUCUAUUAAUUAAUUAAUUAAUGACAACUCAGAGAUUUUAAAUGGACAGCUGUUAAAAAGUUAUUCAUGUAAUUAGCGUACACUUUAUAAUACCUUUACUGAAUAUGCCAAUAUACAGUACAUGUGGAACGUUUAUUUAAAUUCUUAUGAAUUUAGAAAUUGAAACGUUAAAAGUAAAAAAAAUUAUGCUUAUUCCUGAAAGUUAUUAUAAAGUGUUAGCAUUGAUGAAUGAAUUGUGACAUGCGUUUUUUCCUUCAAUUUUGUGGUACAUGCAUAACAACAAUUAUGUGCAUCACAUGUGAUAUCCAGUCAGUAAAUAUGUAGACUGUGGUUGUGGGAUAACAUUACUUUUUUGUUGGGGAACGAUCUUUAGCAACAUUUUCCUACGUACUGUAUCUUAUGACUGUACAAUACAGUGUUAACGGUAAAGCAACAUUAUGUGGGCUUUCAUGUAAAAACAUUAUGGGAUACCAAUGCAUAACAAAGGAUACUUCAGUUACAGGUAUGCAUUAUACAUUUCUAUGGGAAUGCAGUGGUCUUUUGGGUAAAUACUGAAAUACCAAGACUGGGAUUCAAUCCGAGGCACGUUAUAGAGCAGCGCACUAAGCGAACGAAAAUGAAUGUGAUCUAUGCUAAAUAAAUAGCCUUUUAAAUGGUG